UCGAGCGAGAGUGGUUGCAUGAUACCAGAGUGCUGUUCGUAUCGGGAAGGUCAAGCAGUUGUUAUGUCUCAACCAUGGCUUUAUCCUACCAUUUUACUCUGCAUUUAUGGAUUUUUCUGCAGCCACAGACCACUGGAACCUUUUCUAACCCCAUUUUUGAUGGGACCUGAUAAAAACCUGACGGAGACCGAGGUUGUGAAUGAGAUCUACCCAUUCUGGACAUAUUCCUACCUUGUCCUUUUGUUUCCUGUUUUCCUGGCCACCGAUUACCUCUGCUACAAGCCUGUGCUCAUUGUACAGGCAGCCAGCUUAAUAGUGACUUAUGCCUUGCUCGUAAAGGCCAAGACUGUGCCUGCCAUGCAGUUGUUGGAGUUCUUUUUUGGCCUGGCCACGGCCACUGAAGUGGCCUACUAUUCCUACAUCUACAGUGUUGUGGAGCCUUCUCAUUAUCAGAGGGUGACUGGUUUGUGUCGAAGUGUUACAUUAUUGGGCUCUGCAAUUGGCUCACUCACUGGACAGAUUCUGGUGUCAGUAGCCCAGUUACCUCUGUUUUACCUGAGCGUCAUCACACUGGUGUCCUCCUGCUUAGCUUUUGUUGCACCUUGGUUCCUACCCAUGCCUGGUAAGAGCCUGUUCUUUCACAACAGUGAGGCCAAUUCUCAGGAUGAAGCAGCUCUGGAACCCAUGAAUUGCAGUCAGCUGGUUGAGAAGUCCAAGGAUCAAGGAUCCAAAUCGCAAGCUCAUGCAGAUGAAAGAACGACUCUGAAGGAUAGGACUAGCCAUAGUGGAUUUCUGGAAGUGUUCAAAAUGCUCUGGACAGACUUCUUGCAAUGUUACUCCUCUUCUACCCUCCUGGCGUGGUCAGUGUGGUGGGCUUUGUCCACCUGUGGCUACUUCCAGGUGGUUAAUUACGCUCAGGCACUUUGGGAAAAGAUCUUGCCCUCCAAUGAUUUUGAGAUCUACAAUGGUUACGUGGAGACCAUUUCUACAUUGCUUGGUGCCUUUGCAGCAUUUGUGGUAAGCUUUGCGAAAGUGCCCUGGGAGGUGUGGGGAGAACUUGCUCUCUGCAGUUUCUCUGUGGUAAUCGCAGUGUGUGUAUACCUAAUGGACACCAUCAGAAAUAUCUGGGUGUGCUACACCUCCUACGUGGUUUUCAGAGCAUCCUACAUGCUGCUUAUCACCAUAGCAACGUUUCAGAUUGCUGCUAAUCUAAGCAUGAAACGAUAUGCUUUGGUGUUUGGAGUGAACACUUUCAUUGCACUUUUACUGCAGACUCUGCUUACUCUAAUUGUUGUAGACUCUGCUGGGCUGGGCUUGGACAUUUUCCUACAGUUUCUGAUCUAUGCUAGUUACUUUGCUGCAGUAGCAGGUAUUUUCUUCAUUGCGGGGCUGUGUAAACUGAUCAAAAGCAGGCGGUCUAGUGAACUGGCUGACCGUGGACAGAAUAAAUCAAUAAAAGUCUCGACAGAGGAAGAUGCUACAGUCUCUAAAGAUAUCCAAGACAUUCCAAAGGCUUGAAUCACCUCAAAUCAGCAUUCCCAUGCAUUUAAGCACAAGAUCAUGGAAUAAUGCGUGAAUUAAUAGGUCAAAAAUAAUAAUUGCAUUUAAGAAAAGUAGCAUUUCCAAAUCAGUCACACUUGAUUGAUCCUGCUUUUAAAUGUUAUAUCUUUAGAAGCUGAUGUGAAUUAUUCUAAUGAUUGAAUUCUCAAUUAUACACUGUAAGUGGCUAUUUUGGGUCACAGAUUGUCUCUAAAUCAUUUAAUGCUCAAAGGAACAAAUUGCUUUUACUUAAAUGACAUAAUUAUGAUGCCUUACUUUAUGGUUGUUACUUGAAACUAAGAAACUCACUGGUGCCAAAUGUAAAAAAUGUGUAGUAUUUAUGACAAUCGGAAGGAAACUUUCAGAGAGAAGGCAAUCCUCGGUUUAAACUUAAACUGGAAAAUGCACAUUUUUUUUUCUUUACCUUCAGGUUAUAGAUACAAAAUUAAAGUGACUACAGAGUACGAGAGUGCUAUGCUUCUUCACUAUCAGUAAUGAUCAUUUUACUUGCAAGAAUUGGGCCACUACUAGCUGGACUGUUUUGCUAUUACAAUGAAAACACUGUCAGACAAACAUGUAAUGAUGGUUACAUCAGAGUGCUGCAAUAAUGUGGAAGAUCUGAUACCUUACAACAAAGAAAUAUGGUUUAUUGGCUCCAUCAGUAAAGAAUUUGACAACACUCUUCCCAAAACAUCUGUGAAAUAUAAGAAUUGUAAAGAAUUAUUUUAUUGACCAGUUAUUAUACUGUUAAGCAUUAAUAACUGAAGUGCAACAAGUUCAUUGGAAGAAUGUGCACUUUAUAAAUUUGUACAUCUUGUUCUGGUGCAAUAAUAGGAUCAAUCAAAUCUUUGGCUUUGCUCUAGCUUUAAACAUACAUGUUACAUUGGAUAGCCUUGGUUUAAAUGAAUAGUUCACCCAAAAAAAUCUUAUUUGCUCACCAUCAUGCCAUCCCAGAUGUGUAUGACUUUGAAAGUGGAGAACAAGGACUUCAAUAUUGACCUGUUUCUCACCCACAUUUAUCAUAUUACUUCAGAAGUCAUGGAUUAAACCACUUGAGUCUUGUGGAUUACCUUUGUUUCUAUUAUGUGAUUUGUGGAGCUUCAAAGUUCUGGCCACAAUUCACUUACAUUGUAUGGACCUGCAGAGCAGAGAUAUUCUUAAAACAUCGUUAUUUGUGUUCUGCAGAAGAACGAAAGGCACAUAUAUGGGAUGGCAUGAGGGUAAGUGAUGAGAGAAUUUAUUUUGGCUUGAACUAUCCCUUUAAGCUGGGAUGCAGGAGAGAGUUUAAACAGAGUUCAACAAAAUUACACACAUCAUCUUUAAGUUACAGUGUAAUAUCAAUUUUAUUAGUCAGUAAUGAUUUCUUGCAUAUUCAACCUUUGAUUUAUGGAUUUUACAGCAAUAACACCAUUUCCUUGUUAGACUUCAGAAAUUAAUUCAUCCUGCAAGCAGUAUAACAAAAUGUGCCUAUUAUUAUGUUAUUAAUCUCUGGCAACAUUUCAAUGUUGUUGUAAAGAAUUGUAGGAAGUCAAGACCAAAACAGGUGUGUGUGUGUGCGCGCGUGGAGAAAGUCAGAAUGUUUCAUGCAAAGGUAUUUAUUUGUUGUUAGGUACUGUGCUCUGUUGAUACUAAAGCAGAACGGAAUAAGUUAUGAUUGUGCUGUGUUGCUCUAUUUCACAAGUGUUGUAGAGUUUUUUUUUUUUGUAGGAGAGAAGUGUAUAGAAC